CAGGAGCUUUGGGAGCAUCCUCAUCAAGCGACAAUUUGAACACCGAGAAGAAGAACGGAAGACUUACACAAACCGGAACAACCGGAGAGGGAGAGCUAGGCGAGGUAGAGACGCCUGGUGCUGCUACCUCGGAGGUCGAACAACAUCAGGGGAAUAAUAAAGCUUUAAAUCGUCUACGAGCCCAAGUCGAGAAGUAUGCGGCAAAAUACUAUUGCCGAGAGCUGCCUAGGUCGGCGCCAAGAUUCGCCAAGUUCCCUCCACAACUGUCAGCAAGGUGUCGCACUGCUUUAACUGAGAAGCUUGGGCUUGGUGCUUCGAAGACGCCUAGAGGCGAUGGAAAAAAGACAAAUGAACCGACAUCCAUCAUCAAUGGAAAACAUGAUACAGUACAGGAAGAACAACCCGAACUCCUUUAUUCGCAUCAAGCAGAGACGUUCAAGGCUGUAGUUGAAGAAAAACAAAACGUUUUUCUAUGUACGAGCUUCGCGUCGGGGAAAUCUUUGGCCUAUACACUGCCAUUGCUGCACGAAUGGGAUCGAUACCUUUCUGAUUAUGAACAAGAGCACCUGUCAUAAAUGUUCUGCGCGUACCAGUAGUUAAGGGAUCCCUCAGAUGCGAUUGAAAUUUCAUGUGUCAGCACUCACGACUUCGACUAGGUGGAUCAUUCUCGAUUUACUAGAAAAGGAGAUUUACCUACUAGUUGUAUCUCUAAUUUCGGCAGCAACAAAGACGACUGCCUCCGCAAAGUUCAGCUUCAUCCUCCUCUUCUUCCAGCCUACCUACACCAGCAAACUCUGAGCGUCCUCGUGCUUUCCUAUUAUUUCCAACCAAAGCGCUUGCGCAGGAUCAAUGUAACAAGCUGAAAAAGUUGGAGCCCGAUUUUUGGGAAGUUUGUACGUUCGAUGGUGACAC